AUGGCAUCUCAAGAGGACCCAGUACACCCUUUGCGCAUCUCCAAGGGCUCCACGGGCUCAACGGGAUCACCGCCUCCCAAGGCAGCGAACCUCCCUCGCGCACUUUCAGAGUUGUCCCCUUCGGACCUGAGACGAAACUCUCCCAGCUUCAAGCAGCCAUCCAAGAAGAUGACUCUGAACACCGACUCCUCUCCAUUCCAGUCGUCUCCAAUGGAGACCACCACGUCACCUAGGCUGUUUUGGCAGAAGCGCAACCUCGACUCCAUCAGCACCGAGACCCAGAACCUAUACGGCGGUCGCCACGGCUCGCCCUCACCAACCCGUCGCACAUCCAUCGAACGCCUGCAAAAGGCUUCGCGCGUCAAGAAUAGCAACAUCCUCGCUCUCGAGCAGAAGCAGGAAUACGACCCUACCAGAGUGCCUCAGAUCGAACGCCCUCUUGCCAACUACUCGGCAUCUGCAUAUGGAGGAUCAGCCGCCCCUACCGCCAUCAUCAACGGGCUUCGGUCCUCGGACUCUCUGAGCAGGGGUUUCGGCCACCAGCGCAACAACAGCAGCAAGUCGAACAUCCCCAUCUACAGCCCGGCAACGAGCCCGAUCAAGGCUUCUGGCGACGCCACUCCGAUGCAAGCCAGCUUCUCCAGCCCUCCCAAGAGCCCUGGCAAGGAGCCCGGAUCACCCAUGAAGUCGUCGCUCUCUCGCAGCAACUUCAAGAGCAGCUUCGACCCCGAGACCGGCACAUGGUCUGCCGAUACCUCCUUUGACGACCGCGAGCUUCCCUCCGGCAAAUCCCUCCACAGACACGCCAAGAGCGUCACCUUUGAUGCGGCGCCGCCUCAGAUCAACGAGUAUGAGAUGGCCACACCCGACAUUUCAUCCAUCGGAUCCAACUCCCGCGAGGGCAGCUUCGAUUCUAUGGAUGACGAGGAUGAUGAUGAGGAGCACUACCAUCUCGGCGACCACGACAUCGGAGAGGACAGCUUCGACGCUUCUUUGGAGGACACAGAUAAGACACCUGUCGUCGGCCCCGAUGACUGGAGGCAGUCUGCUGAGCGCAUGGAGGACCCCUUCGAGAGCAGCCCCAUGCCCGAGUCACUGCCCGCCCGCCCCGGUAGGCCAGAGCAUGUUCGCUCCGACUCCUCCACCUCAGACCAUCGCCCCUUGCCGCCUCUCCCCGGCAUGGGUGGCUCAUUCACCCGCAGCGAGUCUCGCCUCAGCGAUUCUCGUGGCUCACCUGGCAUCUCAGCUACUGCUGAGAGGAUGCUGGGUACCCACCGCAGCUUGCCUUCACCGCCGCCCGCGGCCGCUGCUGCAAGCAAGUCGGAGAUCCAAAGUAUCGGCAACGGCAAGAUGACUCUGGAGGAGAGACUGAAGCUUAUGAUGCUUUCGGACGACCACAAGUCGGCCAGCGAGCAGCAGAGAGAGCGUCGUCUCCGUCGUGGCGCUCAACGCGAUAGAUUCCAGAGCCCUUCGUCCGAGACGGAGACUGCUGAAUCGAGCAUGCUCGAGGCCGAUGAGGAGGAUGACACCAUCGGUGACAUCUCGGCGCUCGAGGACUAUGAGCUGCCAACUCGCAUCUCUCGCGAAUCCAUCCUCCGCCGCGUUAACACUGGCGAAACCGCACAAGAGGCCGAGUACUUCUCCUCCCCGGCGCCUAGCUCCAGCCCGGAGCGCCCAAGCCCUGAGCGUCGCCUCCCCCUUCCCCUUGACCCCGACGUUCCUAUUCCUUCCACCGAAGACUCCAUCUUGGACGAUGAAGUUUCCGACUUGUCGGAUGAGGAAGGCAGUGUCAUCAUCCACCGCGAUGAGGACACUGAUGCCGAGACUGAGUCUAUCACUGACUUCUACGCCCGAUCCGAGGAUGAGAACGAUGCGGACUCUGCAAGCCACUACUCUGACGGCCCCGCUCGCGUGCCUGAAGUCACUCAAGUGGAUGAGGAGAUCCUCACUCCUCGUGCUGCUAGCCCCCAGCAGGCUUUCCAGUCUUUCGAUAUUGCUUCUGAAAUAAGGCCUCUUGAGCUCAAGUCCGACAAGACUGGAAACACCCCUACUGAGUCGCCUGUCGAGUCUCCUAUGGAGCUGCCCGCCAAGGAGCCUACCCCCGAGCCUGAGGAGGUCAUUGAGCCUGAGGCUGAGAUGGAACCCGAGAUUCAGGAGAUUGAGCAAGAGCAGGAGAAGCAGGUCGAGUCGCCUGCUUCCAUCCGUUCUGGUCUGCCUGAGAUGAAGGAUGAAGCCAAGGAGAAUGAGUUCUCCAAGGGUCUACAGUCCUUCAUGUUGCCGCCUCCUCCCGAGCCCACAGCUCAAGACCUGGAAGAGCUUCAGCCCCCUCCCAAGAUGGCUGACGUUCAGGCUCAGCGUCCCUUUACUCCUCCCCAGCUUCAGGGUCUCUACGACGGCUCUGGCUGGGGCGAGCCGGAGGAUGAAUACGACGAUGAACCCGGUACGCCCGAGUCCGUCAUUCAUCGCCCGAUUGAGGAUUCGGACGAGGAGUCAGACUUUGAGGAGUCCAUGCUCGAGCAUCCUCCCUCGAUUGCCGAGGAGCCCCUGGAGUCCCCUGCUAUUCCCGAGCGUCAGGCAACCAUCAAGGCCUCCGGCUCCAAGCUCAAGACUAGGCCGUCCAACACUCCCUCCGACAUCAUUGCCAUGAGGGAAGCCCGGCGUCAAGUUAGUCGCGAGGUGCCAGAUAUUCCCCCUAUCCCUGAGCGUCACCGCAACAGACUGUCUCGCGAUCUUACCGAGGAGUCCAACGUCGGUGAAGACUACUACACACAGCGCCACCCGAGCUUCAAGAAGCGCAGUCUCACCCUGGAUCUUGACUUUGGUCUCAGUCUCGACCAAGAUUUCGAUCGCGUCAUCGAACAACAAAAGGUUGCUUUUUCUCAACAAGUUUACGAAGCCUCCCAGAUUGCGAGCAAAAGCCUCAGCAGACAAGCGUCUAGGCCGACCGCAUCCAACAGAGAGAUCAUCGCAGAAGAAACACAAUCACAGAAUGCUAACAUCAAGUCUCGUAAUCAGCGCGGAUACCUCAUGCGUCAGAACACAAAGCUUGUUACCGCAAGUGACAAGGAAUCUGAUGACAAGUGGAAGACCAGAUCGGCUGGCAACUCCCCGGUCAAGACCGACCGCCCGCAGUCGUGGACCGUCGAGCCCUGGAAUGGUAGGCCCAGACAGAAGAGCGUACGACGAUCGCGCGCCCACACCAGCGGACCGGCGCCGCCCUUGCCCGGCCAGGAGAGCAACGCCCACACUCUCAACCCGUUGGCUGAGGAGGACUUGAACCCCGAGUUGGCUACCGAGGAGAGCGGUGAGCGCGGCAGACUCUUCAUCAAGGUGUUGGGUGUGAAGGAUCUGGAUCUUCCCAUCCCUAGAAACGAGCGAACUUGGUUCAGCUUGACCCUCGACAACGGUGUUCACUGUGUCACCACGGCUUGGCUUGAGCUCGCCCGCAACGCUCCCAUCGGCCAGGAGUUCGAACUUGUUGUGCCUAAUGAUCUCGAGUUCCAACUGACGCUCAACGUCAAGCUCGAGAAGCCUUUGCCGAAGAAGGUCGUUGUGCAGUCGUCUCCUACUAAGGCUAGCAAGCCCAAGACGUCUACCUUUAGCAGGGUGUUCGCGUCCCCCAAGAAGCGCAAGGAGAUGGAGCUGCGCGCCCGUGAGGAGGAGGAGAGACAGGCAGCGCAGCAGCGUGAAGCCCAGGCCAGACAAAUGAGGGUUGCGCCCAGCGCCUGGGAUUUGUUGUCACCCCUCGCCGCCGAGGAUGGCAGCUUCGCCCGCUCCUACGUCUGCCUCAAGGAGCACGAAUCUCGCUGCUACGGUCGCCCAUACGUCGUCAACGUUGCCUGCUUCAACGAGUGGGCCACGGAGGAGGCUGCCUUUGCGUCCAGCGUCAAGAGCAAGCGUGGUAGCACCGCGGUUGUUCGCCGUGCCCCGUACAAGAUUGGAAAGCUGGAGCUCCAGCUCCUCUUCGUCCCGCGCCCUAAGGGAGCCACGGACGACGACAUGCCCAAGAGCAUGAACUCUUGCAUUCGGGAGAUCAAGGCUGCCGAGGAGCGUCUCUCCAAGAACUGGGAGGGCCACUUGAGUCAGCAGGGUGGCGAUUGCCCGUACUGGCGUCGUCGCUACUUCAAGCUCGUCGGCACCAAGCUGACGGCCUACCACGAGGCAACUCGUCAGCCCCGUGCCACCAUCAACCUCGCCAAUGCCAAGCGCCUGAUUGACGAUCGACGCGCAUUGACGGAGAAGGAGACGACAGGCAAGGGUGGCCGUCGCCGCAGGUCUGCCUUUGCCGAAGAAGAAGAAGGCUACAUGUUCGUCGAGGAAGGCUUCCGCAUCCGUUUCAACAACGGCGAGCUCAUCGACUUCUACGCCGACACGGCCGAGGACAAGGAGGGCUGGAUGCAAGCGCUCACGGACGUCGUCGGUCGACCCGAGGGUGGAGGCGAGGGCGACGACGGACCUCGCAGCAAGGGCAAGUGGUGCGAGCUCGUGCUCAAGAGAGAGGAUGCGCUGCGACGUCGGGCAGAGGGCCGGCGCGUGCACUCGCGGACCAAGAGCACAUUCAACUAA